AACAACAAUAUUAAUUAUAUUAUAUUAUCGUCGCCGUCUGUGUAUAUAACAAUCCAAAUAACAACACAUACAAUGAUCAGAUCAGAGGACGGAUAUAAUGAGGAUCCGAUAUGUCUCCCUGCUUACUGCAAUCAUUCUUAUCAGCCUCACAGCCGAGAAAUGCCGGCAACUAGCCGGAGGAAACAUGGCGGCAGGGAGGAGAGGGCGGGGAGAAAGAUUUACGUUCUUGAACUGCUUGGACAUGAGCUACGGGAGCGUGGCGUGCAUCCUCAAAGAGGCGGUCAAGGUUUACAUGUACUACGUUAGAGCUUCUCACGUUCACAAGGUAAGGGCGGAGGCGACGAAGUCGGCCCUCCAACGCAACCUGUCCCAAGGCCGGAGCCGCCGAGACGCGGCGGCGGCGGCCGCCGAAGUGGGGGACGCGGCGGCAAGGCGAGCGUAUCUGCAAGCAAAGCACGUGAUGGCGCCCACCGUGUCGUCGGUUUGGGAUUUCUUCGAAACGGUUUACGCGGGAGGGACAACCUGCGAGGGAAUGGUUAGAAGCGCCGGGACAUUCUUGGGGGCGUAUUCCGGCGGGUUGGCCGGCGAAGGAAGGCUGCGUUGGUUCGGGUUCCUCAUCGGAAGCCAGUUGGGAAGCUGGGUUGGUGGGAGGCUGGGGCUUGCGGUUUAUGAUGUUGGAAUUGGAGUGCACUAUCUUCUUCACCUCACUAAUUACAAACCAACCAUUUCAAACCACAUUCAUAGCAACUCUUCAUACUCACAAAUAUAAUUCAAAUAUCCCGGGACUUAGCUUAGUUGGUUCCUCGCCUAACUGGAGUCAGCGGUAUGGAGUUCGAAUCCAUUUACCUUGGCAAUUGCUCGAUCUAGGGAUGAAGUUCUGUGGACUUAGGAUAGGAUUAGUCCGACGAAUUUGA